CUGAAUAGAGAAAAUAGGUCGUGGUUACCAGAGAUACGGGUCAACAGAAUGGACUUGGAGGAUCGGAGAAUCCGUCGCAAAACACCAAAAAUUAAAUGUCACGAAAAAAAAAUCAUCCGUAAAGAAACGUAUAAUUGGAAGACUAAAGGAAAAACAAGGUGCCCGGACAAAGGGACGAUGAAAAUCCAAAAACCUGCUCAGAUCAACCCUCUAAUGACGAUACUGAUGAGUUCUCGGCCUCAACUUGACCAACCAACCAGCAAAAUCCGCAAUGUAACUUGUACUGAGAGAGUGCCGUUGACUUCGUACAGGACUGUGGUUUUGGAACUUCCCGAAAACUUUCAAUACAAACCUGCCGUAAAGAAGUCAGCUGUUGCCUGCAAAUUAACAACCCACAAAUGCAUUGUGCCUGAUCCUAAUAAAUUGAAAUUAAGCUUGAGAUGGUAAAUGUGCGUGUUGUAAAAAUAAUGAUUAUAUAUAAUAAGA